CUCUCUCUGUCUGAGCCCCCCCACCCCUGAACGCCGGCAGUUUCGCAAAACCGCAGCGGGACGUCCGACUAAACACGCGGUUCUUCCACUGGCGCGGUGCAUAUCAAUGGCGGCCGUGGUUCGCCGAGGUUCGCCGUGGUCUCCCCAAUCCCAAACGCAAUGCAGGAUUCCUCCGAGAGGUCAAAGUUCCCGUCGAACGCGUUGGUCCCCCGGCAGGUCGCAGCGACAUGGAAACCAAUACUCGUAAUCCCGCGAGACAAGCGUUUCGGCACAGUGUUGUCCCAUCGAUCGGCCGAAUAGAUUGUCGGUUGUCGACGAGCUAGCGGCAAUCGGCCCGCGGAAUCGUCGCCGGUGCAUCUCGGUUUAACGGCUGAAUUGGAUAUCGGGAAAAAGGUGACGGUGUCACGAACGAAAGGGAACCUUCGAUCGAAACGCAAAUAGCGUCGAUGAAGAGGAAGUACGACGAUCCGAGACGGGGUAUUAAUAAAUAUCGAUGAAACGUCGCCGGACCCGCGUAACACUUCCGACUGAAAGGAGAAAUCCGUGAACUGUGCGACGUCCAGUGAAAUAUCAGCGGUUCGACCGUGUCCAUCUGAGAUCACCGAUGAUCGAGGAAAGAAUAGGGGAUCGAUCGGCGGACAACGCGCGUGCCGGCUUCGCGAGAGUGCCGGCGCGCCGGUGCGCGAGCGGGCAAACUGAAUUUAAUGUUAUGGUAACGUGAAUCGAUCGUAGAAUACACCUGGGCGCUCCCCAUCACGUUUUCCCGUGUCCGUGCACCUAUGCGACGACCACUGCAAAUGCCUUGCAGAAGAAGGGUAGAAGGUAAUUGAACUAUCGAAUCAAAUCCGCCCGUCCGGAAUUCAGCCGCGAAAUUAUCCUACUGAAACUUGCUCGUUUGUUCGUACCGUUCACGAGACGGAGGGACCGGCCUCCGGUGGCUCGUUCGCACGAAAUUUCCCGUGUGUGCUUUUCGGUGGUCGGCUGCCGCGCGGAUCCAUCGGCGAUCGAUCAGCCGCGGCUUCAAAGACGGCCGAGCAAAGAAAAUGGGGAGCGAGGACCGUGUCCAUGGCCGCACCGUUUACAUCGAGCCGACCCGAUACCCGUUUCAAACACGUGUUAAUUCGCCGCCGGUCGUUUGGCGUCGAGCAAUCACCGGGAAGAAUCACUAGAGUGUACGGUGGUGCAUCCCUCGGAAGAAGAAAGGCUAGCCGGAGAGCCCUUUCCGAUUGAAUCGCGUCGACACCGAUCGAAUUCAGCCGGACUUCUCGAAGAUCGUGACAACCUCCGGGAAACGUCGUCGAAAAUGACGAUCAGUGAUUCGACGUUGAGUCGAUUCGCAUUGUAGUGAGCAUUUCUCGACAUCAUAGUUGCUGCGUGGUGCUGCGAUCAGAAACCGUAGAAAAUAUUCACGGGACCUACACGGCACGUAUUUGCUGGUAAUUUCACGCGCAUACGUGACGAGAAAGAUAUCGGCCGCGCGGGGCGAGCUCGUGAUUCUCGGCGUGCGCUCGCGGGGAUCGUUAGAGCGUAAUCGGCAGCGGGGUCGCUGCACGCGGCAGAAAUUUUUACGGCAACGGAAACCUUAUCGGGAAAGAACGAGGUCCGCGUAAGCGCGAAGAAACCGAGGGAACAAGAGAAAUGACGAGCCCCGGUUUAUUUGCUUCCGUCAUUCGUGCCGCCGGUGUUAUUUAUAACCGCGCAUGACGGGCCGAAGGUUUCCUCGGAAGGUGAUUAAACCAGAAGUUCGUGCCAUCGGUGACGAGACGCUCCGCCUGGACGAACUGACGAAGUCGAUGAAUCGGUGAUCAACGGUCUCCGGGACGCAACGGAAUCUUCGUCGAGUACGAAUCGGGGGAGUGAAACGCGAAGGAACGCGGUUCAACUGUGACAUCGUGUUGACAAUGAAUUUGAGGGAUCAUUAGCCGAACGAGCACAAAAGAAACUCGCCAUAAAAGAGUCUCCCUUUGCAUCAGCUCGUGUCCCGUGCUGAUUGGAUUGCAAAUCGACCCGGUCGGUGAGCAGAGAACGAGUAAAGGAAGAGCUGCUGUUUGGAAACAAACCGAUCUACACGGUUCGAUGUAAUUUAAAGGAAUUCAAAGCCGAUUGGAGCUGACAGAUGCUGUUCAUUCGAGAUCCUUAACCGAAAACCAGCGCUAUCGCAAGCAAUUACAGUAGAUACACAAGUUUCCCUUGGAACACAGGAUUGUACUGAUUGCAACUGAAGUCGACGAAACCUACAAGUCGCUUAAGAAGCGUUCGCCUAGCAAGCUGAACUUCGUCGAGAUUCAACCAGUUGCUCGAAGCGCGGAGCAGAUCUGGUAUCGAUUACAACAAAAAUCUCUCGCGAUUGUUUUCACAAGAGACACUAGAAGGAUUAGUCAGUUCGAGGCGAUUAUAUUCCUUUCGGAUUAUAACGGACACACUUUGAACGCGGAUGCGUGCCAGGAAGAGCUCCUUCGAGUCUUUCGGAACACGUCGGAUGAAUUACUUGGCGUACACCCUGGACGCUCGAGAGCAGGCGUAAAGGCGUCAUCAAAUAGUCGCUGUGCAAAGAGGACGACACCGUAGAACAUGUCGACAUAAACGUGGCGGUCGUGUCGCGAUCGAAAUCCGUAGGAUCUACCGUUGUCCACGGCCGAAUGAUCCUUCACGAAAACUUAAGAUUGUAAUUUAAUCUACCAAAAACAGUAUGGACGCGAUCGAAUCAUUGCUAAUCAACCGCGUCGAUUAAACACUACUUCAAUCCACCAUAGAAUAACGAAUUAGAAAAGGCCAGGAUCGAAGAGCUACGAGCGAAGGUAUCAACACCUAAAACCGUGUGACACGUUCAUCGAGUUGAAUAUAAUUUCGAGGACUCGUUGAAGACCAUCGUUGCGGUUUGCUCGUAAAGGAAAAGGGGUGAAGGCGCAAGUAGGCGAGAGAGCGAAAAGGAAAUGGACCUUAGGACGACGAGGGGAGGGAAACUGUGGGGGAAUGCCGCGCGUUAAGUGUUCCGCGGAAUGACUUCGAAGGUAGUGUCUGAGGCGGGCGUGAUUCAACGGCAAUAAUGAGCGUCGAAACCAGGAUUCCGCGACGCCCGAGGAAAGCUCGAGCACGAUAGAGUUUUUUCGGAGAUCGUCGCGUGGCUAAGUAGACGGACUGGCGCGGGAAUGGUGCGGAAGUAGGUUUUCUUUCUUCCGGCUUCUGCUGGAGCAGCGGCGUACAAGUGGCGCAGAAGAGAACGAUGAUGUCUAGACAAAGCAAAGACCCCGUGCAGAAGUGCCACUCGGACCCAGGUGCUGUAAGUACCGCCGGUACUCCUUGCAGCCCUGGUAAGCGAAUUUCUCGAAGACUUGUACCAGGCAUUCCGAGCUCCUCCAACACACGCAAGUGUGUUCUCACCUUGGACGGCUAUAGCUACGUGAUCGUCGCAUCUCCGCCAGAUCGCAGAGUUACAAAAGAUGAUAUUGCGGUGUCCUCACCUGGUACAUCUCCGAACGUUAACGCUACUGCGAGCUGCACUGGUACAGCAUCCCCACGAUCGCAGAUUCCUUCUUCACCUGGUCGAAAUGGCCAGAUACCAAAACAAGGCACGCUAACGAUAGUACGCCGAAGUUCUGGCAAGAAUAAGAGUAUCGGCGGAAGUUUCGAAGGAUCUCCGCCACCACUCAGUCCUGAUACUCUUUCAUCCAGCCAGUCCGUCGAUCUUGAUGAGAUUCUUGAUACUGUCGAUUUAACUACAGACACGCUACCUGCCGUUGACACGCCCGAUGCUUGCGACAAAGCUGCCCUCAGACUAAGGUGCUUGCUGAGGCAGCUCCAGCAUGGUGAAAUAUCAGCAGAUUUACUCCAACGAAACUUACACUAUGCAGCACGUGUUCUCGAAGCCGUCUUCCUAGAUGAAACCAAGGUGAAUUCAGGCGGGGUUGAGUGCUCUCGGUCAUCGCGUAGGGGUGCGGGCCUGUCAUCUGCAUCCCUUGGAAGCGCCUUGGACUCGGACGGACCACAGGGCCAUGCGGUGGUAACCCAGAAACGGAAGCUUCGCACCCCCGUAUGGGCAAGAGACGCCGAGCGUGUGGAGUCAGCCGCUACUUGCCGUCAGGGUGUACGCCGUAGGCGGCUGGCCGACGAAGAUGAUGAACUGUCCGAAGUUCAACCGGACGCGGUGCCACCGGAAGUGCGGGAAUGGCUCGCGUCGACCUUUACCAGGCAGCUCGCGACCACCAGACGGAAGGCGGACGAGAAGCCCAAGUUCCGUUCGGUGGCACAUGCUAUCAGGGCAGGCAUUUUCGUCGAUCGGAUUUACAGGCGGGUAACCAGUACCGCGAUGAUGCAGUUCCCACAAGAAGUGGUUAAAGUACUUAAGACUCUAGACGACUGGUCCUUUGACGUAUUUUCCUUGAACGAGGCCGCAAUGGGAGCUCCGGUGAAGUAUCUUGGUUACGAUCUACUCAAUCGAUACGGAAUGAUCCACAAAUUCAAAGUCCCUCCUGCGGUGUUGGAGUGCUUUCUGGGAAGAGUCGAAGAAGGUUAUUGCAGGCACCGGAAUCCCUAUCAUAAUAAUCUUCACGCUGCAGAUGUCGCUCAAACCAUGCACUACAUCUUGUGUCAAACCGGUCUCAUGAAUUGGUUGACCGACUUGGAGAUUUUCGCCACUCUGGUGGCGGCGCUUAUUCACGAUUACGAGCACACUGGGACCACAAACAAUUUCCACGUAAUGUCCGGCAGCGAUACAGCACUUCUCUACAAUGACCGAGCGGUGCUGGAAAAUCACCACAUCUCCGCGAGCUUCCGGAUAUUGAAAGAGGACGAAUGCAACAUACUGCAAAAUCUGUCGAGGGAGGAAUUCAGAGAAUUUCGUUCACUUGUCAUCGACAUGGUUCUUGCGACUGACAUGAGCUUUCACUUCCAACAACUGAAAAACAUGAAGAACAUUCUGAGCUUGGCAGAGCCUAGCGUCGACAAAAGCAAAGCAGUCAGUCUCGUUCUCCAUUGCUGCGACAUUUCACACCCAGCCAAAAGAUGGGACCUUCAUCACAGAUGGACUAUGCAACUGCUAGAAGAAUUUUUCCGCCAAGGGGACAAAGAAAGGGCCCUUGGUUUGCCGUUUUCUCCAUUGUGUGACCGUAACAAUACUCUGGUGGCAGAAUCGCAAAUAGGGUUCAUAGAAUUUAUCGUUGAACCCAGCAUGCAGGUGUGCAGCGACAUGUUGGAAACGGUUCUCACACCGCUGAACGUCAAGGAGAGCGUAGAUGAGUCUAAUAACGGAUCAAACGCGGAAGCCAGAAGAUUCAAAAUUGGAAAGCCUUGGAUUCCUUCCCUAGCAGAGAACAAAAAGAUUUGGAAGGAGCAAGCUGUUCGAGAUGCCGAAGCGAGGGCCCAGAAAGAGCAAGAACAGAAGGCGAACGAGAACCGCGAAGAUGGCGAUUCCGCGCAACCGGUCGCGUCCGAAGAAUGAAAAAUCCGGCGGGCCGUACUGUUUUUCAGAAACAUAUGUAAUUUUAGGCUACGAAGUAACUCAUGAACAUGCUGGCAGUACUUCGGUGACACUAGUAAUCGUGUUGCUUGUCUCAAAAGAAUAACCGGUUCCUCCCGGUGCUCGGACGAACGUCGAAGGUCAAGUGUACAAUUAAGAAUCCAAGCUACGACUUAUUUAUACUGUUUGUUUACCACUGUCCUAUUCCACCGUGCGACGUUCCAUUGAUCUCGUUAUUAUAAUUGCGCUACCUACCCUUUCAUCGCAGGACCGUUCGACUCGAUGUACCUUCGCGUGUCCAAUCGGUGUGCGUCACCCAUCGACGAAACGUUUCUCACAGUUUCAGCGAACAACCAAUGCACUCGACAGCAUUCGGAACCUUCGAUUCCAUUUUCCUUGGUCGCACAAUUUUCGCGAUUUGUACAUAUACAGGCUUUCCGAUUUUUCUUACGCUUCGUUGACAAGAAAGUCGCGUUUAUUUAUAAAUCGCUCGCUUCAAAAAAACCUUUCAUUCUGAAUUGACGAAGAACAAACUCGUUGAACGUUAGUGUGUUCGGUAAACCAUUUGACUUAUGUUCGGCAAGAAUUGGAUAGUAUCGAGAUUACAAAGAUCUGAUAGUAUCGAUAGAAAUUCGUGUAUUUUCUUAUUGACGGAAGUAUUUGAUUUUCAUUUAACAGACUUAACUGGAAGUAGUCGAUACGAAGAUACGUGUUAAUAGUCGCUAUUUCUGAAAUAGAAGUGCAGUUGAUACGAUUAGUUUUUCUUCAUUGUUAUAGGUAUGGUAAAUAUCUUGUAUCUUGUAUCGCAACUGUAGUCUGCUUUUCUUUUUUAAAAACACACGACAAUUUUCUUAAACGCUACACAAUAUAGCGAAUGAUUGACAAUGUGUUAGUAAACCUGCGUACAUAACUAGACACACAUCAUUGAAACGAUUACCUAACGUUGUCAACGAUUAUCUCGUACGCUUUCGUUAUUUCACACACGAGACCACGAUGCAAAUGGAACUGUAUGUAAAACGAUGCACGAAAAUGACCGUCACAAAUUGUAUAUACAUACAUAUUUCUGGAUCAGUUGAAACCGUUCGACGUGAACAUUCGUCGUGAUGGCGUUAAUUUCAUAUUUCUCGCUUACUUCGGCAUCUCGACUAGCUUUACAAGCUAUUGCGUAACUAUUAUCAAAACAUAGGAAUAGUUUACCGGGCUCCCAAACGUAAACGUAGCCUAAAGUUACCGAUAUCUGCAGUAGGCAGAACAGAAGAAAACAAAAAUCAAGCACGCACGAGCGAGAGAAAAUAAAAUAAAACGUACUUAGAGCACAACUCUGUCUGUUCUCGAUGAAGUGCUAGUGAGUGAAAGGACACUACGUUAAUGUUGGCAAGGAUUUCCAUAGUGUUCUGCCUUUGGAACGCUGUCUUUAUCCGUACCUGUUUUUCUUACAAUUAGUGUAUAAUUGCGAACAUACAUUUUUCCAUAGCAACGAAGACUUUCACCUUAGAAGGGUUUAUAUUGAACUCCAUUAAUAUAAAAGGGCAUUUCGAACAUUCUUAUUGCAAAUGAAGCAUAUUGAUUAUAGAAUAUUGGUAAAAUCUGUUUAGUAUUUUUAAAAUUAUUAUGACAAGUUUAAAGUGUGACUUGAGAAAUACACGAACAUAAGUAUUAUUGUUAACACAUGGUUGACCAGUCACGAGUUAACUCGUGCUUGCAUUUGCAUUAGCCAUUUCAAUUUUUGAAACGCAGGGUAAUAUAAAAUAUUGCAAAAGCAAAGUAUUAAAAGGUGUACAAAAAAUACUUCUAAAGUUUCAUUUCAAUUCAUUAUGUAUAAAUAAAGUAUAUUGAAGUUUAUUCAGAUUGUUCACUUUCAUAUUUAAUUACGGAAUAAUAACCGGUGACAUGGAAUAGCUUCUGCCGGUCAACAAUGUUCUAUGUAUACUUUAAUUUCAUUGGAAGUAUCACGCAAGUACUAUACUGGAGUAAGGAUUUUGAAACGGAACAUACGAUGAUCCUUUCGAAACAGAAUUGCAGAGGUAAAGUUGAAAGUCUUCGUAACACCAUGCUCCAUUCUUAAUACGCACGCGCGAUGGAAGCAGAUUUUCGCACAGAGAGAAGCUACCAUUCGUUUCCUCAAAACUUCGACCAGCUAGAAACCUAGAAGAAAGACCAAAAAUCGCUUCUUUUCUAAGGUCCGAUUUCUCCGAAACGAUUCGCAUAGGGGAUUUUUAAGAGCAAUUUGUCGCUGUUCCAAUUAUAAUUUGUGAAAUGAUGAUCACAUUCUAAGAAAACUUGUAAAUUGUAUAUAAUUAACGAAUCUUAAGAAAUAUAAUGAAGAAAUGCAAAUCAUAAAAUGGUGAUCCCAACUCGUGUUGUUAUAUUUAUAAGUUGCAAUUGGAUCUCGGUAUUUCUUAAUAGGUAUACACUUUAUUACUUCAACUUUUUGGUAUAAUAAUUUUAAAUUAGAAUUAUAUACAUAUAUAUAUAAAAACAUGAAAAUAUUUUAUACUGCAUUUUUUAGAUAGUUUUGUUACAUAAAUAUGUCGCCUGGUUCCUGAAUAGCAGUGUCCAAGAACUUCGCAUAAAUGAUUAGUUAUUAACUUUAAGUCACAUGAAGAACUUUUCAAAAAUCUUCUCAAAACUCUUACCAAAUGUUACCUUUGAUAUGUCAUAAAUGCUUAAAUAUGGUUGAUCCAAUUUUCACAACAGUAUACAAAUACUUUUACGCUAUAUCAUUUACAUCUUAUCUAAUAUCUUAAAAAUUGCUUCGUCUUCGUGAUGUUUAACACGCUUAAUUUUGUUAAAAUCUUGUUACGAAGAAAAUUCCAAAAUUUCAUAAGAAGAAAUAUUUACAGCAUAUUUAUCAUUUCAUAAGAAAGAAGUAUUAAUUAAAAGCUUCACGAUGUUUUUGAAAAAUAAAAAUCCAAUCCAGCUAACAACUCGAUUCUCUAUUUCUCGAACAAUGUACUCUUCAUCCCUUUAUUCUUUAAAAAUAAAAUAAAUUAUGGUCGCCAACUAAAUAUAUUAAAUGAGAUUAAACGAAUCCGAAGGGAAAGGAUCACUGAACGAUGAUGUAGUCGACAUUAUUUAAACGUUCGCAUUGAAUUCAGCGGCUACAGGAACGAGGAUCGAAUCGGGAGAAGUCGGGCCUAAACAACCUCGACGGUCCAAAUCCUCGGGGUUGUAACGUCACUGUACAUACUUACUUGAAAUGUGUAUUCGUAUACACACAAAGGUGCAGCUUUAAUGUAUGUAAAUGUAAUGUAAUGAAGAUAUCACUGGUGUUUACUCGGCGUACGUUACGUUUCGUGUACGUGUAGAUAUACGAACACGGAAGAGAAAAGGAUCGCCGUCUUGAAAUCAAUGCCCUCAUAUGGGUCCAGAUACACUAGCAAGAAACUAGCAGUUUGAGUCCUAGAAUGUUCGAAGCAAACCUUGUCGAAAAGACACAAACGUCCCCAUAGCACUUACAUAGCUUAGCUCAUCUAGACAAAUGCUAAAUAGCGCGACGACGCAUUUCUUAUUCAACCAAAAUGAUCAAAAAUACUGCAAACCAAAAACAAAAUAUUAGGUCUACCGGAAAGUUCUGUCCGUUUCUGAAUGAAAAGAAAAUAAUACAUAAUACAUUUGUUAAUAUUUACUGAACAAUAUAAUUUCCAUCGUUACUAGCGACCUGCUUCCAGCGUGAUUUAUGGAUUCCAUUUCUGUGAAAUCACUCAUCUUUGGAAACUUGAGAUGACAUUAUCGAACAGAACUUUCCAGUAGACCAUAUUACUUAUAUGAUUUAUAUAAAAAAAGUAAUUAAUACAAUGGACAAGCAUUAAUAAAGUUCGAGUACACCGUUAUUUAACACGUUGACUGCCACGAGAAACAUCUGUGUUUUACGUAUCAUUUAUUCCUUUGCAGCAAAGAUAAAAAGAAAUAAUUCUUAAUUAUUUGCUAUCACAAUUCUUACGUUACAUUGUUAUCUAAUUAUUUAUGCUAUUGAAUAUUUUUAUUCGACAUCAGUUGUCUAAUGAAUUAUAAUUUUUUUCAAGUCAUUUUGGAGCUCUGGUCUCAUGGGACCACAGUGGCAGCGAAAAUGUUAAAGCGGUUAAAUCUAAUAAAUCUUUUCGACAUGAAAUCUGAGCAGGUUAGCAACAUUUUCUUAUGAUAGCGACUUUCGUUAAGUGUAUGAACGCAUUUAAAAUCGCUGUUAGCAAGUCACUCUUGCAAAGAAAUGUCGCGAGUUUCUUUCCGGUGUAUCCGCGGCUUAUAAAAAAUAAUAUUGCGAUGACGCGUUAGCGCAAACUCGAACGGGAAUCACGCGUGUAUCCAGAUCGAACAUAUCCGAGAGUCGUAUAUGUUCUGCGUGCCGCAUUGAUCGAUCGGAAACAUGAAGAAAAUAAAUCUACACGAUAUCCUUUCUGUACUUCGACUGGCAGUCCCUGUGAAUUCUUCGAAGAUCCUCGAGGAUCCUCGUUGUCUUCGUUACGAGCAAUUCUAUUCGUGUACACACGGCAAAGAUUUGAUGCUGAAGCAUUUAGCGCGCGCGUUAUCGGAAAAGAAAAAGAUAUUUUAUCGUCGUAGAGGACGUAUAGAAUGUAACGUCUCUAACUCUGAAGUUAAACAUAUCCGUCCUGUAUUUAUUUCGUUUCUCUUUUCGGAUUCAAUUCGUAUAUUUGCGCGUUGCUGCCUUGACGCUCAACUGGUGCCCUACAGUAUCGUUACCGCGUGACUCGACUGAAACGCUUGUGAUCAUAUGUCUGUGUCUUUGAAACAAUUUGCUACGCGAUUUAGCAGGGAAAGUAUAAUAGGUUAUUAUCGUUGAAGAUGAAUAGUAAACGACGGUAAAUGUCUAGAUGAGUAACCUCCUCGCCGAUUUUAAUGACACCGGAAUAUAUUGUCAAAGACGUCAUUCUGAGUAACUUUUUCCUGUACACAUAAUAGUCGGUCUCUUUUAGUUUUGGUGUUACAUGUAAAAAUAUGUGGUAAAUAUUUGGAUGAGCAACCUCCACAAUAAUCAAAAUAACCUUGAAGCAGGUUGUCAAGGGCAUCAUUCUGAAUAACUUUUCUCUAUACAUACAUUGCCAAUAUAUUUCAGUGUCAUUGCAAUCGGUAAGGUUGUGACUCAUCUAGACAUUUACCAUAACGACAGCAACGGACUGCUCAUUUCCAAUUUACGAAAAUAAGAACUCGGAUCAGUUUCAGAUGGGUUCACUUUAUGCACUGUUUAAGUUAUUUAAUUGAGAUUUGUUGAUGAGAUUAUACUGUGAAAGAUGAAAUAGUUCAGCAUAUUAAAUAUGUAAGUCAAUAAUCUGAAAGUAACGAGAGAUCCAAAGUGAUGAAAUUGAAAUGAAAUCGAAUAAAACAACCCCUUUUCUGAUAUUGAAUUUCAUUUUAAAUAAUUAUUACGUUUACGUAAUAUAUUCAACACACACAACUGUUGUGUAUGUUUCGAAUUAAAUUAUUGCAACCAAAAUUCUUUCAUUUGGACUAUCUGUUAAUGGUUUAGGUAACAGAGACAAAGAGGAGAAACAACCUUGUUUUAUAUAGUGUCAGAUUCGUGACGAAAAUUUCGAACAGAUUUUAGCAAAUAUAUCUAUCAGUAUAUUCGAUUGACUUGAAAUUAAAUAUUAUUUUUCUAUUAUCAAUCGUUAAUUGUAAAUACACACAUACGACAAAUAUAGAAUUCUUCUUUUUUUCCAGUAAAUUAUUAAUGAUAAAAUAGUUUUAAUUAACGCACUUUUGAAGAAAUUCAUCGGACAAGGGGUUAAACAAUAUGUCGUUUAGUGAGUACAAAGUUCUACUAUGAUUCCAUUAAGAUUGUUAAAACUGUUUUCACGCGAAAGCAAUUAUUCAAAGCAAUGUUUCAUUGAAUUCUGAUAGAAAAAUGAAUUUGCAUCCCUUUCAAUAGAGCAACAUUUUUUUGCAACUAUCAUUAUCAAUCUCUAUAUGAGUGGCAUAGAAUAAUAAUAGUCUAUCUACUAUUUUUAAGUUCUCGAGAAAAAAAAGCUUUCGUAAAACGUUCUUAGAUUAAUUAAAUAAAUAAUAUUACAAUGUUAUUAAUUUCAUUAAUUAUCAAUAAUUAUUGGUAUCAAUAAUCGCAAUUAAUGUUAUUAAUAAUGUCAUCAAUAAUUUCAAAUGUUAGUAAUUGUAAUUAUUGAUAAAUAUUAUUAGUGGCAAUUAUUUACAAAUAAUAUCACAGAUAAUUAUCGAUAAUUAAAAUAAUAGUAAUUAAGUAAUCCAAGGACAUUUCGCGAAAGUAUCUUUUCCUGAGAAUUCAGAAAUAAUUAGACCAUUAUUAUUCUGCGCCACUGAUAUGUCGAUGAAGAAAAAAUUACCCUGAUACUUGGGACACCUAUUCAGCGUCUGAGAAUCAACGGUCCUUGGUUCUGUACAAGUAAGUUAAUUGUACAUAAAAGUCUUAAUAGGCGGGAUCAAUUGCCUGCUUGCCACAGAACAUUCGAGUAUUUUGUUGGCAUCAUAUUCCGAUAAGACUGUGCACAAGGUUCGGAUUCGUUGCGACGGUGUUUCCGCGAAUUGCUCGAAAAAGCAGGCCAUUUUCGUAAUUUUUAGUUCCGUCGUGGCCAUUUGCGCACGCGAAAGAAACGUCGUCGUUGGCGAUAAUACUUUUAUGGUUACUUUUUGCGUUCAUGUGCUGAGCACGAAUUCGUUUUACUACUUUCUGCAGCGGACGAGGGGCCAAACGCGUGAUAGAAUUUACAUUGAAACCAUGGUCGCGUUAAGAGAACAAUUUUCGAUAGAAUAUGUGCGAGCGAAGACGCAUCACCUCUACGCACUGUCUAAUAGUUGGUAACAAUUUCCGCAGUCGCUGAAUAGAAUUAUAAGGCGGGACUAGGAAAGGCGUUGUUUCGAAUUGAAGGUUGUUCGAUGCAGAUCUUAUUCCACUAAACCAAAAACUAAGAAGCGAGGAAUGUUUGAUGCAAACUUUAAUACCAAACCAAAGUCAAAUGGCACAUAGGAUACUCCUUUUUCCAUUAAUCUCAAUUCUUUUAUUUGUGAAAGAAAUAUCAUUUAUCGUGGAAAAUUAAUAUUACAAAUAGUAAUUUACGUUAAAUCUAUAUAUUUGAACUGUUUUCUUUAUAUUACCUACCUCUCUUUUGCAAAUCGGUUUCCCGAUUCAAUUAUCUUCUUUCUACUUUAAUUUCGACCCCGUUCCAAUUCUUAUGUUAUAUUUUUAUAAAAAUAACUCGGAAAUGUGGUAUAUUCAAAAAUGAAAAUGACAACCUUUGGAAAGUAAACUGCCAGAGAGUUGCUAUCUUUAUAUAAAAUACAUAACAUUAUGAAUUAUUUAUGACCUUUUUUACUCACACUUUACUUUAUAAGAGACAGAUUUUGAAGCUUACUGCAUCACCAGCGUUAUUUAAUUUUUGCGCAUCGAACAUUCUCAAUCAUCGGUUCAUAACUCUCUAUAAUUGUAUAGUGCAUACAUUAAUGUUUAUUGGCAUUCGGUGAUCGUUAUGUACACUGGCUCACAAAAGUAUUCGAAAUGGAUAAAUACAUUUAUAAUGGAAAUAUUAUACUUACCAAAUGGCGAAUACCUUGAAAUCCCUGUAUGUAUGAUGCUUGGGGUACAUGUAAAGAUAAUGUGCGUACAUUUCAUUGAAAUCAACACAUAUCGAUUUUGAAUACUUUUAAGGGCCAGUGUAUAUUACAGUAAAACUUGGAUUAUCUAAUUUAAUUAGGAAACAGCCCAGGUAAAUAAACAGUCCAGAGUCUAUAGAUUCGAGAAGAAACAUUUGAAAAGAUAUUUGCCGAAUUCGAUCGUAUAUAUUCUAAGGUACAAUCCAGGAAUCCAAGAGAUUGAAUUCCAAUUUACCCAAGAUUCUGUAUAAUCUAGAUCAUGAAGAAUUAUAUAAAAGUCUCGAUUGAUCGAGGUCCUACCGUAGCAACAAUUAUGCGUAUUACUAAUUAUAUGUUGCAAAUUAUUCGUCGUCUUCGCUCGCAUCACACGCCGUCAAUAUAAUCGUCUAGGGAUCUCUUUUAGACAAACACUGGCCUUUCCUUGUUGAAUAAACGGGUGCGAAUCGAGUCCGUGAUCGUACUUGAAUCAGGGAAACGUAUGGCACGUCCUCGACAACAUUUCCUUCUCUAGUGUACCUAACGAGGGGAAAAGGUGUCAUAAAAGGUGACACGAUGACUCGAUCGAAUUAAUGUUACACGGUAAAAGAGGCUUCGGAUAAGAAUACUCGACCAAUAAUCGUAAUACGUAAGAUAAGUAAACUCGAAAUGGUACGUAACAGGCGUAUGCACAUUGCGUACACGCAAGCGAGGAACCGAGGUGGUUAACAAACACUUCUUACUUCCCCGAAAGAAAAACAAAAGUACACGUUCACUGUUUAUCCGUCGCGUACACGGAGAUAUUACUUAACAGCGAGCCUAGCUGAACAUAAUUGUCAAUAAGGCUCGCCGAAUAAAUGUGUACCACGAAUCUCUACAGAAAAACCGAAUGACCGGAUGAGUUCUCCUUUGAUUCUAUUUCAUUCGUUUUUUCCAAGAACCCUAGUAUACUUCCGUUUUCGUCGGCACCAUUUACCGCAAAAGAUGUGUACAUAAUCAGUAACUUUCAGCACUGUGUCCGUUUGAUGUGAUGUAACUAAAACAAAGACGUAAAACAAAACGGGAGAAUAUAUUAAUAUGAAUAUAAAUACAAAGUAUAAAUACACCUCGUGUAUAAUUAGUACUGUAUUCUGCAUAAAUUUA